UGGAUAAACCUCUGGCCUCGCCUCGGGGUUCUUCCAUAGCGUCUUCUGUCACUCGCACCACAAGCUCUGCACGCCAAAAAUGGCUUCCAUCUCAUCCAUAUUAACGCCGGCGAAUCUCAUCCACAGCUCCAUAAAACCCACGGAAAUCCCGCAAAAUUUAUCCACUCAAUUUCUCCGACCGAUCUCAUUUCAUCCUCGUUAUACCCUCCUCCGUGUCUCUCCCGGUCUUCAAACUUCCGCCGGAAAACGCCGCACCAGACUCUUCGCUGUCGCAGAAGCGGCGGUUUCUGUCCAGGAUCCUAGUUCGGUGGCGGCAAGGAAAUUGUACAUUGGGAAUAUACCUAGAAAUGUGGGUAAUGAGGAGCUCACUCGGAUUGUCGAAGAACAUGGCGCUGUGGAGAAGGCUGAGGUCAUGUAUGACAAAUACUCAGGAAGAAGCCGCAGAUUUGCCUUUGUUACCAUGAAAACAGUUGAUGACGCUAAUGCAGUAAUUGAGAAACUGAAUGAUACAGAAGUCGGAGGACGAACGAUUAAAGUCAACAUAACCGAAAAGCCUUUGGUUAAUACGGUCGAUAUGUCUCUUCUUCAGGCAGACGAAUCCCAGUUCAUUGACAGUCCCUACAAAGUAUAUGUAGGAAACAUUUCAAGUACAGUUUCUACUGAAACACUCAAGAACUUCUUCUCCGAAAAGGGUAAAGUUCUCAGCGCAAAGGUUUCACGGGUUCCCGGUACCUCGAAAUCGAGUGGCUAUGGUUUUGUUACUUUCUCUUCAGAGGAGGAAGUCGAAGCUGCCAUUUCGUCUUUUAACAACGCUUUAUUGGAAGGCCAACCAAUCCGCGUAAACAAGGCAUAAUUUUGUAGAACAAAAUGUAUGGAAGUUUCACUUUUGCUUCUUGUUUCAGUACCGAAUAGUUGAUCAUUCUUUAGACUCGGUUUCGUGUUGUUUUUAGUUUUUUGAAAUGUAUGCUUAGCUCUUACGGGACGUUUGUAAGUAA